GGCGGGUGCCGGGGGCGGUGGCCCGGCAAGGGAGCGUGGCGGCUAGCUGUUUGCGGGGUUGGCGGCGGCAGCCGGAGGGCGGCGCAAGGCCUGAGGCCCAGCACAGUGAUGUCCGAGCUCAGCGAUGAAGCCAGCGAGCCGGAACUCCUGAACCGCAGCUUGUCCAUGUGGCAUGGGCUAGGGGCACAGGUCAGCCGGGAGGAGCUGGACGUCCCCCUGGAUCUUCACACAGCUGCUUCCAUUGGCCAGUAUGAAGUGGUGAAGGAAUGUGUGCAGCGGAGAGAGUUAGAUUUGAAUAAGAAGAACGGUGGUGGCUGGACCCCGCUGAUGUAUGCCUCCUACAUUGGCCACGACACCAUCGUGCACCUGCUUCUUGAGGCGGGGGUGAGUGUGAAUGUGCCGACCCCAGAAGGGCAGACUCCACUGAUGCUGGCCUCCAGCUGUGGCAACGAGAGCAUCGCCUACUUUCUCCUCCAGCAUGGCCGCCUGGAGGGCGCCCGCCCCACGCAGAGGAGAUGAGGCCGUAACGCACGUUCUGUGUUCUCUUGAAGCAAGGUGCAGAGCUAGAAAUGAAAGACAUCCAGGGCUGGACGGCCCUUUUCCACUGUACCAGCGCCGGGCACCAGCACAUGGUCAGGUUCCUCUUGGACAGUGGAGCCAAUGCCAACGUGAGGGAGCCGAUAUAUGGAUUUACUCCUUUGAUGGAAGCAGCUGCGGCUGGCCAUGAGAUAAUCGUGCAGUAUUUUCUGAAUCACGGAGUCAAGGUGGAUGCGAGAGACCACAGUGGAGCCACAGCCCGGAUGCUAGCCAAGCAGUACGGACACAUGAAGAUCGUGGCCUUGAUGGACACUCACUCGCCCUCUCUGCCCAAGAGCCUCUAUCGGAGCCCAGAAAAGUACGAAGAUCUGAGCUCCUCUGACGAGUCCUGCCCUGCUCCUCAGAGACAGAGGCCAUGCCGGAAGAAGGGUGUCAGCAUCCACGAGGGACCGCGAGCCCUGGCCAGGAUCACAGGCAUUGGCCUGGGCGGCAGAGUCCCACGGCCUCGCUAUGAGCAGGCUCCUCCCCGGGGCUAUGUCACCUUCAACAGUAGUGGUGAGAACCCCCUGGAAGAAGAGGGCCUCUGCUGCCGGGAUGUCACCUCCCCCAUCAACGAGCGGGACGUGGAGAGCAGCAGCAGCAGCAGCAGCCGGGGCCCCAAGGAGGGCCCUGGUGGAGGCGGCUCAGCCCGGGGCAUGCCCAUGCUCAGCACCGCGGUGAGGCCUGCAGGCGGACGCCCUGUCUUCCCGCCCUCAGAGGAACAUGCUUUCUGUGCCAACCUGGAGCCUGUCCAGAGCAGCAGCAGCAGCGAGGGCCUGGCCAGAGCCCAGGGGCUCAGCAGCGAAGCUUCUGUGGAGAGCAACGAGGACUCGGACCACGCCUGUAAAAGCUCAGCUCGCAAACAAGCUAAAAGUUACAUGAAGACCAAGAAUCCUGACAGCCAGUGGCCUCCCCGCACUGGGACUGACAGGGAAGACUUUCCCCUUGAGUCCAGCCCCCAGACUCAGAGGGCCCCCUACUCAGGACCCCAGGACCUGGCCACACUGCUGGAGCAGAUUGGGUGUCUGAAGUACCUGCAGGUGUUUGAGGAGCAGGACGUGGACCUCCGCAUCUUUCUGACCCUCACUGAGAGUGACCUGAAGGAAAUCGGCAUCACGCUGUUUGGCCCCAAGAGGAAAAUGACGUCCGCCAUUGCCCGCUGGCACAGCAGUGCCCGCCCGCCCGGGGACGCCCUGGAGCUGGCCUAUGCCGACCGGCUGGAGGCUGAGAUGCAGGAGCUCGCCAUCCAGCUGCACAAGCGCUGCGAGGAGGUAGAGGCCAUGCGGGGCCAGGUGUGCCAGGAGCAGGAGCUGCGUGCCGUGGUGGAGAGCUGCCUGCUGGAGCAGGACCGUGCCCGCGAGGACCUCCAGGCCCAGCUGCAGGAGACGUGGACCCUGGCCCGGGACGCUGCCCUUGUCCUGGACCAGUUGCGAGCCUGUCAAGCUGAGCUGUCAGCCCGAGUGAGGCGGGACCAUCCCCCUGGUGCAGCCACCCUGGGCCCAGGCCUCCCCCCAGCUGACUCCAAGGGAUGGCAAGUGUCCCUGCAGGCCAUGAGCCUCCCCGAGCUCUCGGGAACCCUGGAGGACCGUGUCCAUGAGCUGGGGCAAGCACUGUGCUCAGUGACCCAGAGCCUGGAGAAGCUGCAGGUGCUGAACGGAAAGAAGUGGCGGGAGCCCUAGCCCGCGGGCCGAAUCUGACGUUGGGUGAUUGGUCCACCCUGAAGCUGUGUGCCAGGGAGUGAAGAGGACAGUAAGCAGGCAGCUGCCACGUGCAGCCCAGGCCCAGUGGGGGCCAGAGGAUCAGGCCCCGGGAGCAGCCGGCAGACAGAGGCAAGAUGGGCUGCAGCCCUGGCCGAGCAGCUCGGGCCAGCACUGAGGCGGGACGAGGGUCUCACUCAGAACCUGGUGGUGAGGCCCGGAGUUCAUGGGCUGCCCUGGCCCAGACCAGGCAGGGCCCUGGGGGAAAAGUAUAUCCAUACACACACACAGGUGCCAACUGAGGUGUGACCUUAGGGGUGAGGACUGGGGCGCCUGGAAAAUGCCAUUUGUUGGAAAAUAAAAUUGAAGAACAGCUA